AUGACUGAAAGUCCACAAAUCUCGGUCAGCUUCGUGUCAGAGGACGAAAACGAGCUCGGAGGAUCGGGAAUCCUUGUUCCAGUGGACAUCUCCACGAAUGAGCUGCAAAUUUUGUGUAAUCAGCUUCUCGGGAGCAGUGACGAUCCUGUGCCGAUUUCCUUCUUCACCACAGAAGGCGCUGAAAUUGUCGAUUCCAUUCGAAAAUCGUUAGAGGAAAUUGAUUUUGAGACUACAUUAAAGCUUGUUUAUCAGCCACAAGCAGUGUUCCGUGUGAGACCAGUUACCAGAUGCUCCGCUAGCAUUCCAGGUCACGGAGAGCCAGUAAUCUCUGCUCAGUUCAGCCCUGACGGACGUGGUCUAGCGUCGGGCUCCGGCGAUCAAACAAUGCGAAUCUGGGAUAUUGAGCUCGAGUUGCCUCUCCACACGUGUAAAUCCCAUAAAAGUUGGGUUCUCUGCAUCGCCUGGUCACCGGAUGCUACGAAAAUCGCUUCGGCUUGCAAAAACGGAGAAAUUUGCAUUUGGAACGCGAAAACCGGAGAGCAAAUCGGAAAAACGCUCAAAAGGCACAAGCAAUGGAUCACGAGUUUGGCAUGGCAACCGAUGCACAAAGACCCGACGUGCAGGCUUCUGGCUUCUUGUGGAAAAGACGGAAAUAUUUUCAUUUGGGAUACCGUACAGGGUACUGUAGUUCGCUGUUUGAGUGGACACACUGCUUCGGUCACCUGUCUGCGUUGGGGAGGCGAAGGACUUAUUUAUUCCGGAUCUCAGGACCGAACCGUAAAAAUGUGGAGAGCCGACGAUGGAGUAAUGUGCCGAAACAUGACCGGACACGCUCACUGGAUUAACACUUUGGCACUGAAUACAGAUUAUGCGUUGAGAACCUCGUGCUUCGAGCCCAGCAAGCGUUGUAUUAAGCCGGAUACUGUGGAGGAGUGUCAAAAAGUGGCUCAAACUCGGUAUGAAGCAGCUCUGGAAAUUGCCGGCGGCGAACGUCUUGUUUCCGGAUCCGACGAUUUUACACUAUUUAUGUGGAACCCGAAAGAGACGAAACAAUCGAUUAAUCGAAUGACCGGACACAUGCAAUUGGUGAAUCAAGUCGUUUUCUCACCGGAUACACGUUAUAUCGCCUCCGCCUCAUUCGACAAAUCAGUGAAGCUCUGGUGUGGAAGAACUGGAAAAUAUUUGGCUUCUUUGAGAGGACACGUUGGCCCAGUCUAUCAAGUUGCAUGGUCUGCCGACAGUCGUCUUCUCGUCUCCGGAUCCGCCGAUUCCACGUUAAAAGUGUUCGAAUUGAAGACGAAAAGUCUGUACUACGACCUUCCAGGCCACGGAGACGAAGUUUUUACUGUUGAUUGGAGCCCCGAGGGAACGAAAGUUGUGUCAGGUGGAAAGGACAAAGUUUUGAAGCUCUGGAGACAAUAAUUAUCCAAUCUUGCAUCUUUUUUGUUAUUUGUUCGUUUAAAAAUCGUUUUUUUUUCUUGUUUUUGUUCUAUUUUGUUGAUUUUCAAUAAAAAAAUUAUGUUUGU